CUCAACAUGGACACGUCCCUUCAGGAAUCUCCUUGCCAUUUGUCCAGGAGCAGCAGGUGUUGUGUGCCCUCUGGUGGUUACAGAGGGAAUGACGCAUGCGUUGAUCGCGCGUUGCCAUUGUUCUUAUACCCGAGCCACGUUGAUCAGCGAGUCUAUGAUAGAUCUUUCUGUAGCAGUGCAUCGCUGCUCUCGUACCUGCCGUCGUUACACGCCAGCUUCGGCGUCUACGAAUGUCCGUUCGAGCCCGCCUUCAUCCAGAAGCGCAACGAACGGGAACGCCAGUGCGUGAGAUGUGUGAACCAGGGAUACGCCAAACUACGUGAGCACCUGCCCAACGGGACCACGGACAAACGGCUGAGCAAAGUGGAGACGCUGCGGGCCAUACGCUACAUCAAGUACCUACAGGAUCUGGUGGAGAAUGCGGGCACAGCGGAGGAGAACCCAGAAGUGUCACCGUUUUCCAUUUGCGAAUCGUCUUCUGAGGAGUCUGUUGGGAGUUAA